AUGGCGAGGGACUUGUUCGAACGCAUAUCGUCGCGAACGACGCCGCGUCAACGCGCGGUGGGCGCGACGCCGCGAUCGGUGACGAACGCGCGACGGGCGAGUGGAUUCGUCGAACGCGAUGACGGUGAACCACCGAGCACGCGAACGAAGAAAAAACUCGGCCCGAGCGUCUCCAUCGUCGGAGACGGCGCGAACGACGAGGUGGUGAGUAAGAAUGUCCCCGUGAGCGCGUCCAGACGACGAGCGUUGCGUGAAAGAGACGCGAAUGCGAAGAUACAUGGAGAUGAUGAACACGCCGCGACGCGCGAGGGGAAAGAGCGCGCCGAAGACGCGUCGCGGACGGAGACGAGCGGGGACACGAGCGGGGAUCUGAUGCAUGACCCGGAGCGAAGUGUGACGUCAGAAAACGACGUUGAGUCCGAGAGCGAAGCGGCGACGGUGCCGGUGGAGCGACGACCGGGUGCGCGAAAGACGACGCGGACGCCCGCGGAUGUGAGUCGCUUUGACGAAAAGUUGGCGCUCGCGGAGACGACGAGGCGGGCGCUCGGAGAGGUAAUGCUGUCGAUUCGGAAGAGUGGGCUCGAUCCAGCCGAAGUGUUCGCAUCGUUGGCCAAGGUGGGCGGGGACGCGAGUGGUGGAUUCGAGGCGCUGGCGCGCGGGAUCGACGCGUUGUCGCCAAUCGAGCGCGCGCCAAAGGGGAAACGGUUGAGCUUCUCAAACAUCGCGACGCAAGCGCCGUCUCCGAGUGUAAGCGACACGGUUUCUUUCGGGUCCGUAGGAGAGAGUUUCGACAUCACGGCCGAGGAAGAGCCCGAGAUCGAACAGGGAACAUUUCCGCCGUGCGAGUGCGCAUCGGACAACUGCGUGCUUGCUGGAAUGCACGCGCGCGGAGGGCCUUUCGCGUUGCCGAAGCGCGUCCGUGAGCUCUCUAUCGCCGAAGAAGACAUCAUCGAGUCUAUCGCUGAGACGGACGUUGACGAGACCAUCGAAGAGUCCGUCGAAGGAACCGAGGUGGGCGAUGUGGCGGAGUUGGAGGAUGCGAUGGAGGCGCUGGAUCUGUUCGACGAAGACGAACAAUUCACUGCGGCCGGUGAGAUCGAGGAGGAGGCGACGGCGGUGCAACCGCGACCGACUGGUACGCACAUUCGAUUCGAGGAUUCUGUCGUCAUUGAUUCGCCCGAAGAAGCGCCCGAGUCUUCGAGCGAAGAUCUUCGACCACGAGCUCGAUCGCGUCGUAAAGCCAUCCUCGAGAGCGACGACGACGAACACGGCGAAGAUGAUUCGAAUGCCUCAGACGGGACGGGUGUGCGCAAUGAAGACGUCAAUACUGAAUCCGAGCCCAUCGUGAGUUCUCGCCCGCGUAGAGCCGCAAGUCGCAAUUUGUUCGUCAAGCGGAGCGCUUUUGUGGACGAUGACUUGUCGGGGAGUGAGGACGAUUUUGAAGACGAAGAAGAACAGGAAAGUGACGACGAUGAUUUUAUCGACGACGGUGAUGAAAUUUACGGCAGUUCGGACGAUGAGUAUCCUGCGCAGUACGACAGUGACGCCGAAAACGUCACACCAGCGCCGCGCAUGGUACCGACAACCGGAGCGGACCUGACCAAGGAAUUGAAUGAAAAGCUCGUGAUCGACGAGUACAGCCCGUCCAACCUGCACACACCGACGCCCCCGAAGGAGUUGUCGCCGACGUCCGCCGUAAAGGCGUUUCGACCGCCUCCGUCGCACAGCAAAGCCCUCCAAUCCGCUCUCAAGAGUGUGACUAAGAAGGGUGCCGACAAGUUCAACUUCAAUCGUCACAAGGACGUGCUCACGGCUGCACUGUUCGAGGAAUUCAACGCCAGCGUCUUCGAUGACGCACUCCCGGCAGAUUUUGAGGUCAGUUGGAACAAGAAACUUCUCACCACAGCUGGCUUAACGCACUACAAACGUUCUUCGAAGACCGGGGAAACGGUAUACAGCGCCCGCAUUGAACUAAGCACGAAAGUUUUGGACACUGUGGAGAAACUGGAAGCCACGCUCUUGCACGAGAUGUGUCACGCAUCUUCAUGGCUCAUCGAUAAAACGGCCAAGCCGCCUCACGGACCCGUGUUCAAAAAGUGGGCGGCGCGCGCGAUGAAGACGUACCCGGAGACCAACGUCUCUACCUGUCAUGCCUACGCAAUUCAUCAGCCGUACAAAUGGCGUUGUACCCGAGAUUGGUGUCAACAAGAGUAUGGACGACACAGUAAAUCGAUCGAUAUUACGAAGAAGGCGUGCGGUUCGUGCGGCGGAACUCUCGAGUACCUCGGAAAGUUUAAGAAGAAUGGCGAGGAAGUGCAAGAGCGCGCGCCUACAGCAUUCUCACUCUUUGUGAAGGAGAACUUCAAGGCAGCGAAGGACGCGCUCGGCGCCGCGACGCCGCACAAAGACGUCAUGAAACACCUAUCUGAGCGAUGGAAGGAUCAGUCAGGAAACGGUAACGUCAUUCAACUCGAUGACGAAUGA